AUGCGCGAGCAAGGCCGCCGAGAGCGCGUCCGCAAGUCUUGUGCGGACGCCGAGGCAGAAAUCACAGCAACUGAUGUCUCAUCGGUUGCUGAAGCGACCCAGCCUGUGUCACUUGGUGAUGCAGGCGCUGGUCAUGAAGACACUCAUGUCUUCACAGAGUACGAGCUCGGUGUCUCGUACUCUCCUGAUACGGAUGACGGAUCCGUAUCGACGGCGAUCGAAUUCAUGCCGCCUGCCAAGCGUGGCAUGGAUGAUGCUAUGCGUCAUAGCAUCUUUGGUUCAUCUGAUGAAUCAGAUGAACCAUCGCCGAAGCGAAGGCGCUCGAGGUCGCGAGACUCGGGCGCUAACAGUGGUGUCGGUUCUCCUAUGGACACCACUUCGCAACGAGGUGCCAGUACUUCUGUCGGCACAUCGCAGGAAGAGCGGGACCGCAAUGUCUUGCGUCUCGCUACUGAGAAGAAGGCAUGGAUGUUUCCAAAAUCCGUCAUGGAUCACUUGUCGGCGACGACGAGUGAUCGUUAUCGAACACGAUUGUUCGAUUCGUCAAGGAUCCAUCACCUUGACCCCAGUGCGAAGAACUACCGAGCUGAGAAUGAAUUCUUCAUCGAUGCUUUCUUUAGACAUCGAUGGUACAGUGGGAAUCACAAACGUGAUGGUCCCUCACUGCUUCAGGCGUGGAACGCCUACAUCCAUAACCUCGAGGAUGUAGGUCGUGACGCUUGGAACGACAAACUUAUCAGAGCUCGUGAUAAGUUUGAAAAGCGAACCCCGACAGGUGCACGCUACAAGCUGCAUCGUCUGUCAAGGGAGAAAGGAUUACUGUAA